UAAUUUAUUUUUGGAAACUAAGUGCAAUAUUAGAAAGAAAAUAAAUCACAGUACAUUAUUGGAAGUCGUUUCUACUGAUUUUAUUACAUUUUUAAAUUUAUGAUUUGAUUUGAAUGUGAUCAUGGGAGGAGCUGUCAGCGCUGGGGAGGACAACGACGACCUGAUCGAUAACCUCAAGGAGGCGCAGUACAUCCGCACGGAGAGGGUGGAGCAGGCCUUCCGCGCCAUCGACCGCGGUGACUACUACCUGGAGGGCUACAGAGACAACGCCUACAAAGACCUGGCCUGGAAGCACGGGAACAUACACCUCUCGGCCCCUUGCAUUUACUCUGAAGUCAUGGAAGCGCUCAAACUGCAGCCGGGAUUGUCUUUUCUUAACCUGGGAAGUGGAACCGGAUAUUUAAGUACAAUGGUGGGCUUAAUUUUAGGUCCUUUUGGGAUAAAUCAUGGAAUUGAACUUCAUUCAGAUGUGGUGGAAUAUGCCAAGGAAAAGCUGGAGAGUUUCAUCAAAAAUAGUGAUAGCUUUGAUAAAUUUGAGUUCUGCGAACCUGCAUUCGUGGUCGGUAAUUGCCUCCAAAUAGCAUCUGACAGUCAUCAGUAUGAUCGGAUUUACUGUGGAGCUGGGGUCCAGAAAGACCAUGAGAACUACAUGAAAAUAUUACUGAAGGUUGGAGGCAUACUGGUCAUGCCUAUAGAGGACCAGUUGACGCAGAUUAUGCGAACUGGACAAAACACAUGGGAAAGCAAAAACAUCCUUGCUGUUUCAUUUGCUCCACUUGUGCAGCCCAGAAAGAAUGACAGUGGCCAGCCAGAUUCCGUGGGGCUCCCCCCCUGCGCUGUCAGGAACCUGCAGGACUUGGCUCGCAUUUACAUCCGGCGCACGCUGAGGAAUUUCAUCAACGACGAGAUGCAGGCCAAGGGGAUUCCUCCAAGGGCUCCGCCCAAGAGGAAAAGAAAGAGGGUGAAGCAGAGGAUCAACACGUACGUGUUCGUGGGCAACCAGCUCAUCCCCCAGCCUCUAGACAGUGAGGAGGACGAGAAAAUGGAAGAAGACAACAAAGAGGAGGAAGAGAAAGACCAUAGUGAAGCCAUGAAGCCAGAGGAGCCACCUCAGAAUUUACUGAGAGAAAAAAUCAUGAAGCUGCCCCUCCCUGAAUCUUUAAAAGCUUACUUGACAUAUUUUAGAGACAAAUAAAUCAAGAAGAAAAAAAAUGCCUACUGAUACUCCUUUAGUCUUGAAAAUGUAGCAUUUAUUAGGAGUUAAAAGAGAGAAAUAUUUCUUUGAUCAGAGUGAAUUAUAGUGGGAAAAAGUAUAACUUGUUUGUCAGUAACAAAAACAAGGUAUUCAUUGAUUAAAAAGAAUCUAUCUCUUUUAUAAAAUCUAUUUUUCUUUAAAUCUUGGAAAAAUGCUGUUUUAACUCAGUGAUUUCAAAGUGGAAUGCAACAAUAGUCAAGACUUUGUGUACUAUAAAUCCUUUUCUGAUUCCUUACAGAUUUGUAGUGGUGAGGGUUAGAUUUAAUUUUCUAUAAGGUUUAAAUAAUUGUUAAGCAUAUGUAAUCGGAUUUGAAUUGCAGUUGUUGGUGUUUCUCUAUGAAAACUUUCAUAAGGAAAUCAGACGCUUUGUAGACCUGUUCACCCUUCUGCUGCAGUCGCCUGGCUGCGUUGCUGUAGAUAAAUUCCGGGCAAUAUAUGAGUGCAAUAAUAAUACAAGAUACUGAGUAAUUUAGCUUUAAAAACAUCAGUGUAGUGAACUGUUACAGCCCUGCAACUUGUGCUUUCGAGUCCGCUGCCAAAUGACAUGGGAAAUACUUGCUUCUCUUAUAGAGAUUUAAAGAGCACAGCGAGGGCCGAAGGCAGUCUCUACCGAAUGCAGCUCUUAAUUUGUGUGGGCCUUUUACAUUUUCAGUAUUUAAAAAUAAUGAGACUGUCUUAAUUCUGUAGGACUUUUUCCUGUAGUUCACUGUAUAAAAUAUAUAGUUUUUGGAAAAAAAAAAAAAAUCACUGUCCCUCCUGACCGGCAGUGUAGCGCGUGUGAAGGAGCGGACGCGCGUGGCCACCAGCCCCGGGGCACCUGGGCUCCGCGGAUGCACUUUAGCUCAUGGGACGUGCAGCUUAGCCCAGUAGUUAGCUUCGACGCAGUAGGGCUAAGAUUGCCUACAUUUGCUUUAGAUCUUUCUGUUAUGAGAAAUAGUCACAGAGUUGUAUCUAGAUGCCUUUGUAUUAAAAAUCAGGUUCAGAAUGAUAGUGUAAUCUUUGGGACCUGCCAUCCCACGUUCACUUCACUUCUUCCUGUAGUUUCGUCUCUUCGCUGAAAUCAUCAUGGUUCUCCUUUUUGCCUACAUAUUCAAGUCACCUAGCUUAUCAGUGGUAGGACAGGCAGUAAGUGUCAGGAUGAGCGUUUUGUUUGUCCCAGUAAGAAGGAAAAUAAGUCAUUCCUUGUUGAAAAGCAUACAGUGUAAUGUGUUUCUACUUAGUGUUGACACGGAUCAUACAUUUUCAAAGGGACAAAUUUGGAGCUGUCAUCACCCACGAGCGUCGCCCCGCGGUGCUCAUUCGGACUUACUCGAGGAAGCUGAGCCACGUGAGUGAGAGAAGCACCGCCUCUGGGCUUCAGGGCCGCCUCCAGCCGCGUCCGCGACUGCACGGAGCAGUCUAGACGUGAAGCCUCAGACGCCGAGGGCCUCGCAGUGACGGGACAGAAGACGUCACGCAGGUGCUUGUCCUGUGCCCGUGGCUGAGGUGGUGGCCGUACGGAUGACAGUGUCCCUGAUUUGUUUUCUUAGGUGAAUAUUCAACUGUUAUUAAGAAAUGCCAUAUUUUAUCUACAAAAGAAAAAAGUCAGUUUCACACUCUUGUCAGCUGUUAGAAAUGCUCAUUUGAUUUUAAAUCAGCUGUAGUUUAAUUUUGAAUCCUGAUGCCAUGUAUUGUCUAGAAAGCCUGGGGCGUUUCAUCCUGUUCCCCCCAUCUCCAUUUUUUUGGUUGGCGCUAGUGUUCAGGUACAUAGAAAUAGUCUUCAAUGAUGCUUUUACUACUUAGAGAGUUGUUGUUAAGCAUGUAUUUGAAGAUUGACAUGUUCACACUCUGUCAUUCUGUUGACCUUGGGAAAGUGUACAGUAGAUUUUCAUGACCAUUGCAUAUUUUUUGUCAUUGAAAGGUAUCGUCUGUGUUUCUAAAUGCACUUAUUUUACAGGUGUGACUUUAUCAGUGACUUUAAAUAAAGAGGUAGAAAUAAAAAGUCGAGUGAAGGUUUUUUCUAUUAGUGCAGAUAUAUUGGACUAAGAAUACUUUGGGUUUUAUUUUUUAAAGAAUUUAGGUUUAUUUGUAUGGAAAAUUAUGCCGUAUGGAAAAGAAAGAUGAAGUAAAAGUAGGUGAAACUGGUGGACAUCGUUGUGGAAUUUUAUAGAGACAUAACAGAUGCCAUCUAACUUAGGCCUUUAUUUUACAGACCAGAAAGUAGGCCUCGGCGGCGUCUGGUUUUGCCUCAGUCUCGCGGCAGCUUGUCGCAGGUAGUGCCUAAAAUAGCAUCCAGCGUCCAAUCAAUCCCAGAAUCUGUCAGCAGCACCAUAGCUACCGAGAAAAUAAUGUGCGCCUAUACUGCUAUUGGUUGACACAUUCGGUUCUGAUAUUAAUAAAGAAAAAUGUUACUAAAACAGCAUACAUAGUGGUUAAAAUAAAAUACCAAAAAUGUGUUGACGUCUGUCUGAGCUGAAAGCGAAGGAAAGCCUGUUAAAGCAUUGGAAGAGUUGGAAAGUUGUUUAAAAUAAACAAUCACAUACUUAUGCAUCAUG